GAAGAUGAGAAAAUGUCAACAAUUAAAAAGAGCGAAAGAAAAAGAUAAACAAUGUCAACAAUUAACUUUCUCUCAUUCUUACAACAACAAUCAACGAUUAAAGACAAUUAAAUGUUGACUAAUUUGGUGGUGUUUUUUGUUCUGCUGUUCGAUUAACUCAAUUAUGUCCAUUCAUAGAUUGAAAUUGGAAUUGGAACAGUUUGAAAAAGAUCCACCGGAAGGAUGUUCGGCCGGUCCAGUGGGCGACGAUUUAUUUUCAUGGGAGGGAAUGAUCACCGGACCAGAUGAGUCACCAUAUCAGGGAGGAAUUUUCUUCCUGCAGAUCAACUUCCCGAAAGAUUAUCCAUAUGAACCACCGCGGGUAAGAUUCAAGACCAAAAUUUUCCACCCCAACAUAAGUAAAGAAGGAAACAUUUGCUUGGACAUAUUGAAGAAAGGCCGUUGGUCAGCAGCAUUGACCAUCUCUCAAGUAAUGAUCUCGAUAACAUCGUUGCUAACUGACCCAAAUGCCGAUGAUCCAUUGGUCACCGAAGCCGCUAAUCUAUAUAAAAAGGAUAGAGAUCAAUACAAUCGAAUGGCCAAAGAUUGGACCAAAAAGUACGCAAUGAUCGGAGGACUUUGAUUGGAUCGAAAUAGAAUUUUUUUAAAAACAAAAAAUUCUAAAACAAUGUAAUGUUAAUGAUAACAGUUAAUUUUCAGUAAAAUCUAUUGAACAUCCUUCCGUUUUCAAAAUUA